GAGGGCAAGACGAGACUCGACUUUUAGGGCGGAUCUUUGCUGUGGAUUUCAUUUCUGCUCUCAUUGACUCUGUGACUGAGUUUCAGGUAACACACCUGCAGUCGGCCGUGAUCCUUUCAUUUUCUCUUCCAGCACAAACUGACUGCGGCUCACAGGAAUGGCUUCUAUAAAUGGAGUAUUUGGGAUUUGUCUCCUGCUUUUUGGUGGAGUACAUGUGAGUUUGGCAAUGACUGUUACCAUCCCACAGAAAGAAUAUAAGGUUGCCAGAGGAGAUGAUGCAACUUUGCCGUGUACAUUUACACUCCCAGCGACUGGCGUUUCUGCUCCUAUAGUGUCAUGGACAGCAGUUUCAGUCACGCAGGAUGUUCCUGAUAGCACCAUCGUCACAUAUUUCGGCGCUGAUAAAAUUACAAUCAGCAAGAAAUAUAAAGGCCGGGCGAGUUUGGAAAUCAUCAUCCCAAAAGGAAUCGCCAACCUUAAGCUCAGCGGCGUCACCAGCCUCGACACGCGGAGUUAUGAGUGCAAAGUUCAGGAUCAGAAUGACGAAGAGGGCGCCCAGUCGGCCAAGACCAAACUUGUAGUCUUGGUGGCUCCAUCAACGCCUAUCUGUAAAGUUGCUGGAGCAGCGGAGUACGGUCAGAACAUUAACCUCACGUGUUUCUCUGAAGAGGGGACGCCAACACCCACCUACAAGUGGCAAAACUUUGAUGUCAAUAACGUCCCUCGACAAAACCCACCCAAGACCACUGACCAAAAUGGAAUCUUGUCACUCUACAAUAUUUCCAAAGACACGUCUGGUUACUUCCUCUGCACGUCCACCAAUGAAAUCAGAUCGGCAAAGUGUAACAUCACCCUGUCCGUCAUGCCGCCAUCCAUGAACAUGGCGUCCACGUUUGGAAUAAUCGGGGCGAUUGCUGCAGCGGUUCUAAUCUUGGGAAUCAUUAUCUUCUGCUGUUGCUGUCGGAAAAAAAACAAGCCUGAGGAAUACGAAAUGGGAAAUCCUGAAGUAGAGGAGUACAGAGACAAGGAUCCUACAGUUGUAUCAGAGAGCCACGCUGAACGUGUAAAGUCCGAGGAAGAAUAUCGUGUCCAAAAUGCGGACAGACGCGAUCCACGAGACGACCGCAGUGAGAGGAGCUACGAUCGGAGCGAGAGGGACCGCUACGAAAAAGAUGACCGCUAUGACGACCGGCGAGAUCGCAGAGACCGCUACGAUGACCGCAGAGAUGACGACCGCAGGGACCGCUACGAUGACCGCAGAGAUGACAGCCGAGACCGCUACGACGACCGCAGGGACCGCUACGAUGACCGCCGAGAUCGCUAUGAUAGCGAUCAGAACUCCGACCGAUACGAUAGUCGUGACAGACCUCCGAUCAUCCCACCAAACAAACCCAGGGACCCAAAGAUCUGAUAUCAGCUUGGAUUUAAAAACAGACAGCAAAGUUUUCAAUCAUUUGCUUCCACACAAGAGUUUGUGUCUGUUUUCAAAUGUGAAAUUCAAAAGGUUAAAUGUUUUUGUAUAUUGUACUGUAUGUAAAAACGGGAUUGGUGUAUAGCCUACUUAAAUUCUUAUAUUGAUGCAAUGUUGUUUGUGUUGGACAGACGAUGAUCUCAGGUAGUAUUGCUUAUCAACUAUUAACUGUUUAAAUCUAGAGACUUUGUCUUGCAUCUUUAGUCCUGUAGAUUAGAUUUAGAGUUAAUGUCUCCUAACCUUUAAAUGAUAGUUUGGAGGAAUAGUGUCUACAAGAUUUAAGUUUAUGUCUACUUUCUGAGUUUUGUGUUCCAGAGGAUAUCAGAUUAUCACUUCGUAUCAGAUGAGCAUUCUGUUUAAAAUGACAGAAAACACUUUCAGUUUCCGGCCAGCGUCUGGAUUCACUGCAGCUCAUGUACUGUGAUUCACUGUGUGUGUGUGUGUGUGUGUGUGUGUGUGUGUGUGUGUGUGGUGUGUGUGAAAUAUAAACUUGUUUUUUUAAUGAUUCAUGUUUUUUUAAAAUCCUAAAUAGAUUUGUGGUUUUAGCUUGUUUGUAAUAUGUUGUGUUUUCUAAACAUUAUGGCUGUCAAUAAAUCCAUAUUUCAGAAUUACAGAUGGGAAGACCCCA